AUGAGAUUCUUCAAUAUUGUUGCUGCCGUCGCCCUCGGACUGGCCACGGCUGCCCAUGGCCGUAUGCAGAUAAUGUACCUAAUCUCCAUUCUUCCUCCAGCUGCAGCUCCGACCUCUGCUUCUAUUUCCCAGCCUCCGGGUGGUGUUUUCAUCACUGCGCUCUCGGCAGAACCAACAGCUCCUGAAUCUUCGGUUGAAACUUCAGUGCCAGCCUCUUCGACGGCUGCCAUGCCUCAGCCUCCUCAGCCUACAGCUGGCAGCAGCAGUUCCAGUCCUCUCAGUCCUUCAAACCCCUACGGUUUUUCCAACGGCACAGCCCCUACAAACACUUCGACGACCGCGGGAUCAAAGUGCUCCAAAGAGGGUCAGUAUAACUGCCAGCCUGACGGACAGGCAUACCAGCGAUGUGCUGCUGGACUUUGGUCCGUCACUAUGCCCGUGGCUCUGGGAAAUCCAUGUAAGCCCGGAUUGGCCGAUACCUUUGUGUCGGCCCAGAAGCGAAGCAGCCCAGGCUUUGUCCGAAGACGCCGUUUCGUCUCUGAUCACCGCCGUGGAAAGCGGGUGUCUCCUCGGAUAGGUUGA